AUGAGCGACCAUGAAGACACAGGUGCACCAGCUUCAAAUGCAAUGGUUCAGGCCAAAAAGGAUCGACCAGCGCGUAAACAAGUCAAGCCAGGCCAAGUGACAAAGAAUGAAGUUGUGCAGAGCGGAAAGGAGUACAAUAUCUGGUAUAAUAAAUGGGCUGGCGGAGAUCGCGAGGACGCUUAUUCCAACAAAGUCAAAUCUCAGACGAGAUGUAACAUUCGAACGGAUACUGGAUGGACGAGAGCCGAGAAAACUGGCAUGAAAUACUGCUGCCUCUAUUUUGCGCGAGGGUGCUGCCCUUAUGGGUACGAGUGCAACUAUCGACAUCGACUCCCAGAUCCUACGCAAACACUUCCGGAUACAGCGAAGGACUGUUUCGCGCGUGACAAGUUUGCAGACUAUCGCGAUGACAUGGGCGGUGUUGGAUCCUUCCAGCGAGAGAACAGGACACUGUAUAUUGGCCGAAUAAAGGAGACAGGUCCAGGCCCAGACACUGAAGAGGUCGUCAGGCGGCACUUUUCAGAAUGGGGGGAGAUUGACAGAUUGCGCGUACUUCAAUAUCGCGGAAUUGCAUUUGUGACCUAUGUUCACGAGGUGAAUGCUCAAUUUGCACGAGAAGCAAUGGCGUGUCAAAGUAUGGAUAACGACGAAAUUCUCAAUGUCCGAUGGGCUACUGAAGAUCCGAAUCCGACCACAAAGGUCAUCGAAAAGCGAAGACUCGAGGAGAUUGGGAGUGCCGUUAUCGCCACCAAGCUAGACCCACGGAUGGUGGAUGCCAUGCGAGCUGUACGUGCUUUGGAGGAUGGUGAUGACUUGGAAGAGAACGAGGAAUUACCGGAGUCUGUCGAGGAGCCCCCUAGUAAAAAGCGCAAAAUGGAGGAAGUGGAGCAACCCGCCAACAUGGAAAUACAUCAACCACCGCCACAGAACGGGAUAAUAAGUGCAGAGGCACUACAGGGUAUCAAGGCCCUGGCGGAGAUGCGAAACAAGCGUUUGGGAGGCCCUCCUGCUGUUCCUAAGCCUGGUCUAAAAGGUCUCGCCGCCUACGGUAGCGAUGACGAGGACGAUGAUUAG